AUGAACAAAGGCAACAAGGACACGAGCGCUCGGAACGAACCUGACCCCACCACCUCCUCCUACCACCAGGAACAAACGCGCUAUAAAAAGCAGCAGCGUAACAAUGCACUCCAGGUUACGGGCGCCCUACCCAGCACUCGGGGGAAGCCCUGCUUGCUAGCUCAGCACGGCACACGCGGAACGCGUCCCACUGACCCCUCGUGCACGGACCCUCCGCGGGGCCCGGGGGUGAAGCCGGGCGCCCUAGGCGGCCCCUCCCCGCCAGGACCAGCGGGACCGGCUCGAGUCCGGACCUUCCUCGAGGCACCCAGCGGCCAGCCAGCCGCCGCCCGCGCGGCCUCCAGGCGCCCACCCCACGAGCGACACACCGCGCACCGCACUGGCGCCAGCAAGCCGGGCAGGGGCCGCCGCCAGCGCCCGGCCUUGUCGCCGCCGGGGCCGCACACCCGCCCCGCGCGCAGGCCCCGGCCCCGGCCCCGCGGCGACCACGGGGCGGCCAAGCCCCGAGCGGCCGGCCCGACGCGGCAGAACAAAGAGGCGCGGGGCCGGCAGCGGCGAGCAGGCCGCGAGGCGGGCGGCGGCGGCGGGCGCGACCAGGCCCGGGCGAGGCGACAGCGCGGGGCCCGCCCCGGCGCUCCGCACACUCACCACUGGGAGCUCCGUAAUGGCGGCGGCGGGGGCGGAGAACCCGGGGGGGCGGGCCCGCGGCAGCCACUCACCGCCGCCGGCAUCUUUCGAACCGGCUCCGAGGACCGCGGAGGGCGUGGGGUGAGGGGAGGGCGCGGGGCGACGACGGGCCGCGGCGGCCCCGGCGCAUGCGCGCGCGCGCAGCCAAUCCGGGCGCGGCGCAGGACGCCGACGCAGGCGCGCUGGGACGCAGGGGGGGCGCACGGCCAGGGAAGACCUCCCCCGCCUCCCCCAACUCCAAACAAAACAAGGGCGGGAGCGCGCGCCGGAGGGCCCCGGAGGAGGCGUCCACGCGAGGGGCAGGGGGCUCGGUCGCAGCGGGGGAGCGGGGCGGAGCGGCCCGGGCAGGCGGACAAAAGGCGCCACCUCCCGGGGCGCGGGCGCCCCGCCCCCUCCUCCCGGGGAGUGGCGGCGGCGGCGCCCCGGGCGAGCGGCCUCCGCCACUCGCCUUCGGGGCCCCGCGAGCCCGCGCCCGCUCCCCGCCCGCCCGCCCCGUCCUGCGUUACCUCUGCGCUGCCCCCCGGCUGGCGCCCGCGUCCCGCACGGCCUCCCGGCGCCGCUCCUGCCGCCGCUCGCCGCCUCCGCGCCGCCGUCCUCCAGGCCCGGCCGCCGAGCUCUGCCGCCCCGCCCCCCUGCCCGCGGCCCCGCGCGCGCGCCCGCCCGGCCCCGCCCCCCGCGCGCGCGGCUGGAGCGCGCGGGACCUGGCUCCCCGGCCGGGCGCGCGGGGGCGCGCGGGGGCGCUCGCUCCCGGCGCCGUCCCCUGCUCGCGGCCCGGGCCCCGCGCGAGCGCACGGUGGCCGCACGCCGCGCGUGGAGGGGCUGCACGGCCCGCAGCGGCGCCCCGCAGGCCUGGGGUGGCCCCGCGGCUGUGCCCUGCGCGCGGCGGGAACCCGGGGCUGCGUGGUCGCGGGAGGGCCGGGGGGCGGGGGUCGAGCCCCAGGGGAGCAGCGAGGCUCGCCGACGUGCAGGCGCCGGGCCCCUCGGCGGUCUCCGGGCUCGGGUUCGGCACCCCCGCCGAAGGCGCCUCCCCGGGUGUCCCUAGGAACGUGA